AUGAUGAGUACUCAGGAUAAGUCGCCCGCUAGCUCACAUUUUGUGUUCUACUUUUCAGCUCCCUUUGACAAAUGCAAUUCGCCUAUAUUAGCGGGACCCUGCAAGGAACCAGUAGCCCGAUACGGCUACGAUGCUGUUACGGGCACCUGCAAGCCAUUCACUUACGGUGGCUGUGGCGGAAACGAAAACAGAUAUGAAACGCACGAAAAAUGUGAAUACGCAAUAACAAAAUGCUCAAACAAAGGCACGUCAACUCCUUUCGACAAAUGUUAUGCAGCUAUAGCAGGGGGACCCUGCAGAGCAGCAAUUGAAAAAUACGGCUACAAUGUUGUCACGGGCGCAUGCGAGCAUUUCACCUACGGCGGCUGUGCCGGAAACGCAAACAGAUAUGAAUUGCUUGAAGAUUGUGAAAUUGCAACAGCGGAUUGCACAAAUACAGGCAGUUGUGAUUCAUCUUGCAUUGAUUUAAUGCGGUUUGUGCGAAGUGCUAAGGCGCCACCUCAAAUGUCCGCCCACAUCUGUCGUCCGGUCGGGCAGUUGAAUCCACUACCUAACCUUUUCUUCUGCUUUUCAGCUCAUUUUGACAAAUGCAAUUCGCCUAUAGAUAAGGGAACCUGCGACGACUCAGUACCUCGAUAUGGCUAUGAUGCUGCCGCGGGCGUCUGCAAGCCAUUUAUCUGGGGUGGUUGUGACGGAAAUGCAAACAAAUAUGGUACGCAGGAACAAUGUGAAACCGCAACAGCGACUUGCCCAAAUAGAGGAAUAAUGUUGGCCGGUCAGAUGUGCUGUUCAACCCUUAGCUUGCUCUUCAUUAGCCCAUUGUCUCUCACUUUCGAUUUCUACAUUUCAGCUCCCUUCGAUAAGUGCAAUGCGGCUCUUAUAACGGGAUACGGCCGAGAAGCGCAUCCUCGAUUCGGCUACGAUGCUGCCACGGGUGCAUGCAGGCCAUUCAUCUGGGGUGGCUCUGGCGGAAACGCAAACAGAUUUGAAACACAGAGAGAAUGCGAAACUGCAACAGCCUCUUGCUCAGGUAGGUCAAACAUGUAUUUAGAACUAUAUGUACCCUGUCAGCGACUGUGGUAG